AUGACGGACCUCUUCCGCGAUACGGCCCUGGGCCAACUAAUCCGCUGGGUUUCUGGGAAGAAAGUGCUGCUUUACCCCGAAGAAAAGCCUGACUUUCAAUGCCCAAACUGCUACUCGCACCCAGACACAUCCACAGAUGCUCCUGCUAGCCGGGUAUCAUCCCAUGCAUCGCGGCCCAGAACACCAGCAUCUGCGCAUGCGCGGGACGAGCCGCUUCCAGAUAUUGAAACAGCACUAGAAGGCCGCACUCCCUCCGAGGAUGAGUUGACGCUGGAAAAGACGCACACGGAUAUGAUUGAGCAUGUGGGUUCUGGACAGUCCGAGCUCUCCCGCAUCGUCAGCCGUCCGAAUUUCUCGUCUGUCAAAAGCCACGACGAUCUCGAAAGAACAUUCAGUCAAGCCGCUCUGGAAAAAGGCCCGAGUCGACCAAUUGCGCCAUCCAAACUUGAUGACGGUACGAUCCUAGUGGACUGGUACACGACUGAUGAUCCGGCCAAUCCGCAGAACUGGUCCGCUUGGAAAAAAGGAUUUGUCUCGUUUCAGAUAUGUGUGUAUACAAUGGCUGUAUAUAUGGCUUCGGCCAUUUACACGCCCAGUAUUCCUGGCGUAGUGCAGCGAUUUGGCGUAUCAGAAACCGCAGCAUCUCUAGGUCUAGCACUAUACGUCCUGGCAUAUGGCAUUGGCCCACUACUCUUCUCGCCCAUCAGCGAGAUCCCCGUUGUCGGGCGUAACCCGCCAUAUAUCGCUACCUUUUGUCUGUUUGUCGUGCUGAGCGUACCAACCGCUCUGGUCGACAAUUUUGCAGGACUACUCGUUUUGCGAUUCUUGAUGGGUUUCUUUGGCUCGCCAUGUCUAGCCACCGGCGGUGCUUCCAUGCAGGAUAUGUUUAAUAUUCUCAAACUCCCAUAUAUGCUAUGUUUUUGGGUCUCCGCAGCAACUUGCGGACCCGCACUUGGUCCCGUCAUUGCUGGAUUCAGUGUUGCCGCUGAAAAUUGGCGCUGGUCACUCUGGGAAAUCCUCUGGCUCUCUGGACCCAUCUUUAUCCUCUUAUUCGUCGCCCUGCCCGAGACAUCUACGCCCAACAUUCUCCUGCGCCGGGCCCGUCGCCUGCGGAAACUCACGGGGGACUCACGCCUGAAAUCCCAGUCCGAGAUCGAUCAAGGCAACACCAAAGUGCACGACGUGGUGAUUGACUCGCUGUGGAAGCCGCUCCAGAUUGCCGCGCUCGACCCGGCCAUUGCCUUUGCGGAUUUUUACACUAGUCUUGUCUACGCCAUUUACUACUCCUUCUUCGAGGUCUUCCCGCUCGUGUUCCCCGUCAUGUACAAUUUCAACUUGGGAGAGCAGGGGCUCGCCUUCUUGUCAAUUACCGUCUCGGUCUCACUCGCCGUCAUGGCAUAUUUUGUUUAUCUGUACUGGUGGGUCGAGCCGGAGAUUAAAGCAAAGGGGCUCCAAGCGCCUGAGAAGCGACUCGUGCCGGCCUUGUAUGCCGCUUUCUUUUUGCCCGUUGGAUUGUUCAUGUUUGGCUGGACCGCCCGCCCCUCGGUGCACUGGAUCGCCCCGAUUAUCGGCAUCACCAUCUACUCCUUUGGCGUCUUCAUCGUGUUCCAGUGCGUGUUCAUAUACAUUCCGCUCAGCUACUUACCCUACGCUGCGUCUCUGUUUGCGGGAAACGACUUUUUGCGGUCCGCUCUCGCAGCAGGCGCCGUCCUGUUCUCGAGACCCAUGUAUAUCAAUCUCGGCGUCGGGGCCGGCGUUAGUCUGCUGGCCGGCCUCACGUGUGUCUGCGUGGGGGGUAUUUUUGCGCUGUACAUCUUUGGUGCGAAGUUGAGAGCCAAGAGUCGCUUCGCCUUGUCUUAG